AUGACGAUCCCACGGACAGUAGACGCUGACGACUUCAGCCACCGCACCUUUGACUUCCUGAUCGUCGGUGGGGGCACAGCCGGUCUGGCUGUCGCUUCACGUCUCGCAGAGUCUGAUGCCUCGUACACGGUUGGUGUCAUCGAGGCGGGAGGCGUCGUCGCCCAGGGUGAGCAAGACAUUGACGUCCCUGGUCUCUACGGGAGGUCACUGGGCGGCCGCCACGAUUGGCACCUCGCAACGGUUCCGCAGCAGGGUCUCAAGGGGCGCACUCUGCCCUGGCCAAGAGGCAGAGUUCUGGGAGGCACUAGCGCUCUCAACUACAUGGCCUGGAACCGCGCCAGCAAGGAUGACUACGAUGCAUGGGAGGCCCUAGGAAACAAAGGAUGGGGUUGGGAAGGUCUUCUGCCAUUUUUCAAGAAAUCCGAGACAUUCCACCCUCCAAGUGCCCAUGUGCAGAAGCUGCAGAAUGUCUCCCACGACGCAGACACGUUUGGUUCCUCGGGUCCCAUCCAAGUCUCGUAUCCCACCGACUACUCCCCCACGCACAGUCUCUGGCAUCCGACUCUCAAUGCGGUCGGCGUCGAGACUAACUCAUCCCAUGUUGGGGGUUCUAAUGUCGGCGUUUGGACAUGCGUCAACGCCGUAGACCCUCGAUCAGCCACUCGUUCAUUUUCAACUGGCUACUGCUCGGCCACAAGGAGCAAUCUGCACAUUCUCACCAACGCUACGGUAAAUGAGAUUGUUCUGCAGGAGUUCGACGGCCAAUAUGUGGCUACAGGCGUUCGCUUCUCAUGCAAGGGCCAGGAACACACUAUCUCAGCGUCCCGCGAGGUUAUCCUGUCUGCUGGUAGCAUCAAGUCACCGCAGAUCCUUGAACUCUCCGGGAUCGGCAAUCCCAAGGUUCUGGCUCAGGCUAAGGUGCCGGUCAAAGUUGACAUCCCGACGGUGGGAGAGAAUCUCCAGGACCACUUGAUGUUGGCGGCCAUAUUUGAAGUCGACCCUCUUCUCGCUAAUCGAGACGAUCUACAGACAGAUGAGAAGCUCGCCGCUGUCGCGUGGGAACAUUAUUCUCAAGACAAGGCCGGUCCACUGACGAUCCUACCCUGCUCUCUCUGCUACGUGCCUCUCAACCACUUUGUACCUGGAGAGACUCUGGCUCAGCUCUCUGCCAAGGCUGAUAAGCUGACGGUAUUCGAUGCCGACAAGAAGACCAUCUUGCAGCAACGACUCAAUGGCGAGUCCAAGCUAGGCCAAAUUGAGUAUAUCUUUGACCUAGGCAAUUGGAACCCCUUCUUCCAAGGUCAAGACGGCAAAAGGUACGGUACAAUGCUCCAGAUCCUCCAAUAUCCCUUCUCCGUCGGGUCCAUCCACAUCCCGCCGUCCUCCACGUCGGGAGAGGACCACCCCAGUAUCGACCCGCGCUACUACGGUGGCGCACACGGGGCGCUAGACUUGGACGUGAUGAAGGAAGCGGCGCGGUUUCUAGACCGCAUCGUCCACACGGAGCCCCUGGCCGGCAUCAUCCGCGCACUAGCUUCUCCGUCCUUGGCAACGCUUCGAGACGAUCAACGCCUCGAGGAGUGGAUCUCUGACAAUACAAUUACCGAUUGGCACCCAGUGGGCACUUGUGCCAUGGGUGGGCGUGCCGGCAUCCGGGGCGGCGUAGUAGACGACCGUCUACGUGUCUACGGCGUCAGGGGAUUGAGAGUCGUCGACGCGAGUGUCAUGCCGCUACAGAUCAGUGCACACAUUCAAGCCACUGUGUAUGCCAUCGCGGAGAAGGGGGCGCACAUGAUUCUAGAAGAUGCGAGAAAGUCAAGAUAG